AUGACGUAUUUCCGGCGAACUACAGGCCUCGCUCUCGUCCUUGAUCAGCUCGAACCGCAGCAUUUAACGGACGCAAGAUACACUUUUGCACGGAAAAAUGGUGGCUUACUGGAGACAAGCAGGGCUGAGUUACAUCAGGUACUCGGCUAUCUGCGCCAGGGUCGUGCGGGCAGCACUGAAGCCACAGUUGAAAACUGAAGCGAUUAGAAACGCAGAAUCCAGUGUGAAGGUCACUAAAGUGAAGACUGUAUAAUGAUCUGUAAUUACACCCGUCAAUCCCCACUACGUUCUCUGUAGGAUUUACAACAAUACCUGCAGUUAUGAUGAUUGAAUGAAAAUAGUUGUAUUCUUUUGAUAAUAAAUUAUGAAGAGUCUCAAACUAAAA